AUGAAAGUGGCGAAAAGUUUUUCGCUGGUUAGCGCCCUCGUGAUGAUUCACGGUCUGGUGACCGUUAAUGGCGGUGGACAAAGUAAAAUUGUAGGUGGUAAUAAAGCGAAUGAAGCCAUUCCGUACCAAAUUUCGCUGCAGAUUAUGAUUAAUUCAUUCUACGGACUUGGCCCGAAAACCUGGACUCACAAUUGCGGCGGUUCAAUAGUUUCUCCGACGUAUGUCGUAUCGGCAGCUCACUGUUUGGAUGGUAUCGACCCCUCACGGCUGUCGAUCAUAUCCGGUACGAAUGAUCUGAGGGAUGAUGGGAGCAAGGGAACUCGUCACAUGAUUCAAUCGUACAAAAUUCAUCCGGAGUACGUGGAGUUGGACAAGUGUGACAUCAGCAUAAUUCGAGUGUCGGAUCCAUUUGUGUACAGCGACAAGGUACAGCCGAUCACGUACUCUAGCAAGCACGUCGAUGGAGGGAUUCACUGCCUGCUGACCGGCUGGGGAUAUACGAUUCCGAUCCGAAUCGGAAGAACGCCCACGGAUUUGCAACGCGCAGAACUUACCACCAUCACGAACGACGAAUGUCGAAGCCGUGGUUUUCCGGUUAAUCCUACUGAAAUCUGCACGUUUACCCGCGUUGGACAGGGCGCCUGUGGGGGCGACUCCGGCGGACCGCUGGUUUGUAACAAUCAACUCGCCGGUGUGGUGUCCUACGGGACACGUUUCUGUGGUAUCGGCUCACCGGACGUUUUCACACGUGUUUCCGAGUUUAAACAGUGGAUCGACGAAAACCAGUUGUAA